AUGGACCUAUCUCACUGUAAUGAGCUAGCUCUAACCCUAGAGAAAACGCUCUCACCCUUGUUAGAAGAGCGUAGACGCGCGGAGAAUAUACUUAACACAAUGGAACGCCAGCCGGGUUACUCUGUAUGCCUGCUUGCUAUUCUCCAAGACCCCUCCCGCCCGAAAAACAUCCGUCUUUCGGCCUCUACGACUCUGAAAAACUUCAUAAAGCGUUCGUGGAAAGUGGAAGCAGAAUCUGAUAACCUGAUCCCCACUGCUGACCGCGAACAACUUAAAGCCCAGAUUAUAAAUGCGAUGUUGACCAGCACCGGAGCAGGUCAGCAUAUCUUGUCUGAAGCCAUCGGCCUUAUCGGUCGGGAGGACUUUCCUGAACGGUGGCCCAAUUUACUACCUGACAUUAUUCAACAAAUGACUCAACUGGGCACGAAAAUGGAUAGCGUGCAGGGUCUCCUGUACACAGCUCACUCUAUUUUCAAAAGAUACCGCCAUGAGAUGCGAUCCGACAAGCUCUUCACGGAGAUGAACCUUGUUAUUGAUCAGUUUGCGGGUCCUCUAACAACUCUCGCAGUGGAUUUGCCGGCGUACUUCGAAGACAACAUGGCCCAAUGGAUGGAGAUUUUCCGUCAGCUGCUGCAUCUCGAUCCUCAGACCACCGACCUGAUAAACAACGCCGCCGCCGCCAGCACAGACACCACCAUUGAGGCCCCUCACGCGGGCAUGCUGGUGGAGCAGGUGAAGUCCCAGGUCUGCGACAACAUCGGUCUCUACGCCACCAAAUACUCGUCCGACUUUACGGCCUACUUGCCUGAGUUUGUGAAAGAUGUCUGGGAAAUGUUAAUUGCCAUGAAAGGCACUCAGGAUCCCAAGUACGAUACGCUCAUUGGAAAUGCUUUGGACUUUUUGAGUUCGGUUGUUUCACGUUCACAAAACAAGCAAUUAUUUGAGGCUCCUGAAACUCUUCAAAAACUCUGCGAGCUCAUCGUUCUUCCGAAUAUCCAGCUAUCAGCCAAUGACCUGGAGCUGUUUGAAGACACUCCGGAAGAGUACAUCCGUCGUGACCUUGAGGGUUCGGAUGCCCAUACGCGUCGCAAGUCUGCCUGCAACCUGGUCUAUGCACUUUGUGAGGCCUUCGAGGGGCCGGUGAUCGACAACUUCGCUAGCUACAUCAACCACUUGCUAACUGAGUACGCCAGCGCCGUUGCCGCCACCGGGGCAAACACCCCGAUGUCCGGGUGGAGCAGCAAAGACUCGGCCCUCUUGCUUGUCACGUCACUCGCCGCUAAGGGUAAAACAGAAAAGUUCGGUGUAACUUCAUCGUCGCGGUUAGUAAACAUUCCCACAUUUUUCGAAACCCACGUCCUUCCUGAGCUGCAGAAUCCCAACGUCGAUCAGCUGCCAGUAAUUAAGGCCGAUUGUCUACGCUAUGCAAUCACCUUCCGCGGCCUCCUGCCUACAGCAGCAAUCAUCACACUGGUGAACCUCUCGCCAAAUUUCCUCGCCGCCUCCUCUGUUGUGGUUCACAAUUACUCGGCUACUCUGCUCGAAAAACUUCUCCUAAUGACCAUCCCAAAUCAACCCAUCCUCACACCUUUGGUCAACAAAAGCAAUAUCAUCAAUCCGGAGCUGUUGAUUCAGCGUUCUCUUGAAGCUCUCUCCCGUCCCUCCUCGUGUGAAAGCGUCUACGUUAUGCGAGCACUUUUACGAACAUGCAGUUGUCUGGAAGAGCGCUGUCUGCCAUCGAUGAAUUCUCUUGUCCUUGCUCUCGUCACUCGGUUGAGUCAAAUCAUCAAGAAUCCCUCAAAGCCCCAGUUCAAUCACUUUCUCUUCGAAAGCCUCUGCUUGUGUGUUAAAUUGACCUGCGCGGCGGAACCAGGCUCUAUCAGUCACUUUGAGGCUGCUCUUUUUCCCCUUUUUCAAGAGAUACUGCAAAAUGACAUUACUGAAUUCUUCCCGUACGUCUUCCAACUGUUGGCCGUGAUGCUGGAGCAGUAUCCGCUGAGCCCGCAUGUUCUCGAGGUGUGCGCGGCCAAGCGGAAAGCCGCAGGCCUCGAGCCUGCUCCGCCUCCCCCCAACGCGACAGCGAAGCCGGCCGCAGCCUAUCAAACCCUGCUGCCUCGUCUCCUGAUCCCCGCCCUAUGGGAAACCCAUGGAGCAGUUAUGGCGCUGGCUCGUCUGAUGCAAGCCUAUCUGUUGCACAAUGUGGACGCUGUCAUUGCCACUAAAAAGGCUGAGGCAAUGCUGGGAGUGUACCAGCGGCUGCUUACCUCAAAGUCCAACGACGUCUACGCAUUUACAAUAAUCUCCGCCUUUCUAUUGGCCUUUCCUCGGGUUCAUCUGCAACCCUAUUUAUCUCAGAUCUUCAUAUGCAUUUUCCAGCGCCUGCAGGCUGCAAAGACGGAUAAAUUCAUGCGUUGUCUGACUAAUUUUCUGGCUCACUUCGUACUCGUCUUUUCUGCCAACGACCUCGUCACAAUAAUGGAUGGCGUCCAGGACAGAAUAUUUUCUCGAGUUCUCGAGAAGGUCAUUAUCCCACUUGCUGAGUUGGCUAUUUCUUCACCCGUCGGUCUCCUGAAUCCCUCCUUCGUUCUCACAGCUCACAGCAACGCCGGCGAUGCAAACCACGUCGAUGCCUUUGAUGGUCUCUCGUCCUCCAGCAUGUCAUAUAUCGCACGAUCUGACUGGCGAACCGUCUCCAUAGGACUUAUAACUCUUUGCACUGAAGCUGAUAAGCUCAGUGCGCCAGGCGGCACGUACCACGCGAAUAGUUGGGCUCCUCUAGUCACGGCAAUCCUCAGUGGACUUGCUGCAGGACCUGGUCGAGGUGGUAAUGUGGCCUCUCAAGCCGCUGUGACUGCCUUUACUAUGACCGCUUCCAAGUCGUCGGCGUUCUGUGACGAGCGAUUCACUGAUAUUGCCGGUGACUCUGCUUCAUUCACACUGAUUUUCGCCUCUCACAAGAUGCCAGACCUCUGCCCUGGCGUUGUGGAUCCGCGUCUUUAUUUCGCCAAAAGCCUUGAAACCCUGUCGCGUCGUUACCCCGGCAAGAUAAUGAGCGAGUUGAGUAGCAACCUGAGUCCCGAGACGCAAAGCUUACUACAAACCCUCCUGUCGCAGUCCGUGGUACAGCUCACUUGA